AUGCCUUUGAAGGUGGUGGUGGUUGGUGCCGGCUUAGGGGGGCUAGGUGCUGCCAUUGCCUUGACUCGCGCUGGCCAUGACGUUGAUGUUCUCGAGAAAUCCUGCUUCCUCAAUGAAGUCGGCGCUGCAAUCCAUGUGCCACCUAACGCAUCACGCAUUCUCACGGACUGGGGGUGCGAUCUGGAGAGCCUGCAGCCUGUCCGCUGCAACCGACUUCAGGUGUGGGAUCGAGAAGGGAACCUCAUGCGAACCUCAGUUGUGACACAAGAAGUCCAGGAAGCACUGGGAAUCUCCGACGAAUGGUUGCUUGCGCAUCGGGUAGACCUGCAUAAUGCUCUGAGGGAUGUGGCGGCCACAGAAGUUCAUGGCAAAAGGCCCACCAUCCACCUGUGCUCCCGAGUGGUAUCCGUGGACCCCGAAGCUGGCGAGGUAAUCCUUGAGAAUGGCACCAGGUACACUGGUGACCUGAUCAUAGGUGCAGACGGGAGUCAUUCUCGAUGCGUUUCCGGCGUCACCGAUGACUGCCACCAUGAAAGCACCGGCCAGAACUGUUUCCGUUUCCUUAUUCCGAUGCAGAAGAUGAAGAGCAACCCUCUUACCGCAUCCCUCCUGGAAAAGACCGGCUUGGAUGGCACUCACAUAUUUACCUCCAACGAUCGAAGAAUAAUCUUUUACCCUUGCCGUCGUGGUGAUUUGCUCAAUGUUGCAGCCUUCCAUCCAUCGGGCUCUGAGAUAGCCUCAACAGACUCGGCUUCGCUUGGUCCAGGUGACAUGAGCCAAUUGCUAAAGACUUUCGAUUCCUUCAGUCCGCAACUGCAAGAGAUGUGCAAGAUGGCAGAGGACCUGAAGCUCUGGAGUCUGGCAUGUCGCACGCCCCCACGGACAUUCAUUCAUGGCAAGCUGGCGCUCAUUGGCGACGCGGCCCACCCGACCCUGCCUCAUACAGGCCAAGGUGGUGCGCAGGCAUUGGAAGAUGGAGCAGCUCUUGGAGCCCUGUUCACCCCCGCCACCGCCAAACAGGAUAUUCCGCAGCGGCUGGAGCUGUACAACCAAGUUCGAUAUGCCCGGGCUAUCACGGUGAUGAUGAUGUCUAGGAUGAGUGAUGAACGCCGAGGCCAGAUGCUGGAUGAAUUGAAGAUCUACGUUCCGGAUGCCAUGUUUCCUGAGAACAUGUGGUUCUACACUUGGAAUUCAUAUCCAGCUCGCGAUGCCCAGCGCCUGCUCCAAAUGACACAAGCUAGCACCUAA